AUGGACACCGGUACGACGACGAGCGUGGAGACAGCUCCCGUGGCUACCUCACUCCGUCGAACCGAGGGAAAUGGUAUCGUGACUAACACCAACGGGUCGACCAAUGGAUCGACCAACGGUUCGACCAAUGGUUCUACGGUUGCUGCUGGCACGACGUUCAUUAAGAAGUACAGGCAUGUUGCAGCACUUCACACCCAGAACAGACCAUCGACGCUCAGUCAUGAUUCGGAGACUGCACCGAGUUUCCUAGGGUUUCGAAAUCUCAUGGUGAUAGUCCUAGUGGCCGGCAAUGUUCGAUUGAUCAUCGAGAAUCUUCAAAAGUAUGGCAAUUUGAUAUGUUUAACUUGCCACGACUUCCGCCGACAUGAUCUGCUCCUUGGCCUGGGCCUAUACAUCCUCAUUCCCGGCUUCCUCUGGGUCGCGCACACGAUCGAACUAUACGCAGCACGGCAAGCUAAAAAGUCUCGCGCGUUGGCCGUCAGCCGAGGAGGCUCGACCAGCCCGACCGAGGACCAACAGAAGACGUUCAAGUCUAUGUGGCGCCAAAUACGAUGGGCACAUGGUAUCAAUGCCAGCCUUGCCCUGGGCAUCACCAGCUUCGUGGUGUAUAAUCACAUACACCAUCCGUUGAUUGGGACUGUCACCGAGAUGCACGCCAUCAUUGUCUGGUUGAAGACGGCUUCUUACGCUCUUACUAAUCGAGACUUACGCCAUGCCUAUCUACAUCCCGUUAAGGGCGAGCUGGCGGCGCUGCCAGAGAUCUAUGCGCAAUGCCCAUACCCUCAGAACAUCACGAUGAACAAUCUAGCAUACUUUUGGUGGGCUCCGACAUUGGUGUACCAACCCGUAUAUCCUCGAACGGAUAAGAUUCGAUGGAGCUUCGUGUUCAAGAGACUAGGCGAGACCCUGUGUCUUGGGGUGUUUAUUUGGUUCUGCAGUGCGCAAUACGCCGCCCCGGUGCUCACCAACUCUCUCGACAAGAUCUACACGAUGGACUUUCCUUCGAUGAUGGAGCGGCUUCUAAAGUUAUCGACGAUAUCUCUUGUUAUCUGGCUAGCCGGGUUCUUUGCCGUGUUUCAAUCCGCGCUAAACGCUUUGGCCGAGGUGAUGAGGUUUGGAGACCGCGUCUUUUACGAGGACUGGUGGAAUGCAGCCAACCUCGGGGAUUACUGGAGACUAUGGAACAAGCCCGUCUACCGGUUCAUGAGAAGACAUGUCUUCACGCCUAUGAUUGGCCGGGGCUAUAGUCAUCUUGCCAGUAGCAUAGCAGUAUUCUUCGUGUCGGCGGUACUGCACGAGUUGGCCGUAGGAGUGCCAACUCACGCCAUCAUCGGUAUGUCAACACAACAUCGGGUGAACCUCCCAAUGCGGAAAUCUAAUGUUUGUGCAGGUGUGGCAUUUAUGGGCAUGAUGCUCCAACUGGUUCUCAUCGCCGUUACGACGAGGGUGGAGAAGGCAGCAGGCCGUUAUGGCAAACUGAUCGGAAAUGUGACUUUUUGGGUGUCGUUCACGAUCUUGGGGCAACCUCUUGCUGCCUUGUGUUAUUUCUACGCCUGGCAGGCCAAGUACGGCAGUGUUAGCAAGCGAAUUGCUCGGGAUGCUUCGUUUCACUGA